AACAUGGCGGCCAUGCUAAGAACAAGGACGAUUUUGGGGUGUUUGCCCCGUUUAUUUAGUAAUAACGCUGGCUUAAGAUCUCCAGCAGCAGUUACAAGCCUUCAUUUUCAAUCAAGAAAGUCUUCAACAAGACCCCUCAACAAAAAGCUUAAAGAGGAUGCUGAGGUCGUCGUCAUUGGAGGUGGUUGCUUGGGUACCAGUAUUGCCUAUCACUUAGCCAAACGAGGUUUACCAGAUGUAGUACUGCUGGAGAAGUCUGAAUUGACUGCAGGCUCAACAUGGCAUGCGGCUGGGCUUACGACUUACUUUAACACAGGAAUCAACACGAAGCAUAUUCAUUACUAUAGCAUUAAACUAUUCCAAGAACUAGAGGCUGAGACAGGACAGGCAGUUGGAUUCCAUACCCCUGGGAGUCUUAGACUUUGUACUACACCAGAGCGCAUGGAUGAAGCUCGUUAUCAGAUGGCUCGGCAGGGAUGGCAUAAGGCACCACAGUGGUUGGUUACUCCUGAUGAAAUACACGAGAUGAUCCCAUUUAUGAAUAUGGAUGGAAUUUUGGGAGGGUUAUUUAAUCCAGGUGAUGGGCACAUUGACCCAUAUUCUCUGACUCAAGCCUAUGCUAUCGGCGCAAGAAUGUAUGGAGCAGAAAUCUACAUGCCUGCUCCUGUCUCUGCCCUCAACUUUAGGUCUGAUGGCUUGUGGGAUGUACACACAGAACAUGGCGUUAUCAAGGCCAAGCAUUUAGUAAAUGCAGCAGGUUUUUGGGCAAGAGAGAUUGGUGUUAUGGUAGGUAGUGAGUUGCCGGUAACUCCCAUUCACCAUCAGUACAUGGUGACAUCAACCAUACCAGAGGUGGCUGCUAUGAAAGAGGAAAUACCUGUUGUGCGGGAUUUGGAAAGCUCAUAUUACCUCAGAAGAGAGAGGGGUGGACUUCUGACGGGACCAUAUGAACACAUGGAUAAAAUGAAGAUACAAGAAGACUGGUGGGAUGGAGUACCUCCGGCCUUUGGUAAAGAACUCUAUGAAAGUGACCUUGAUCGGCUCACAGAGAAUAUUGAAGGAGCAAUGAAGCGUUUUCCGUUGCUAGAGACAGCUGAUAUAGCAAGUGUAGUUGCUGGUCCUAUUACAUACUCCCCUGAUGUGUUACCCAUGUUAGGACCAGACAUUGAGGUGCCGAACAUGUGGAUGGCUAUUGGGACUGGAUAUGGUGUCAUUCAUUCAGGUGGCUGUGGUAAGUAUCUUGCUGACUGGAUAAUUGAUGGAGAACCAGGCUAUGAUCUUAAUGAGUUAGACCCUGGUCGCUAUGGAAAAUGGACAACCAGAGAGUAUGUUCUUACCAAGGCACGUGAGUCAUAUGGGCUGAAUAACCAAUGUACUAUACCAAAGUUGGAAAGAUUCCGUGGGCGGCCAAUGAGGACUAGUGGAGUAUAUGAGAAAACACUUGAAAGAGGAGCAGAAAUGGGUUUCCAUGCUGGAUGGGAACAGCCUAACUGGUUUGCCUUGCCUGGAGAUGAUGCUGGGUACAAGCCAAGCUUCAGACGCACAAACUGGUUUGAGCCUGUUGGGCGUGAGGUCAACCUUGUCCUUAAUAAUGUUGGGGUCAUUGAUGUCUCUACAUUUGGGAAAUUUCAUGUAACUGGGAAAGAUGCUACACGGUUUUUGGAUAUCAUGUUUGCUAACACUCUUCCAAAGGUUGGCUCGACCAAUAUCAGUCACAUGUUGACGCCAAGUGGGCGUGUAUACUCAGAAAUGACUGUAUCAACUAUCGCUCCUGACCACUUCUUCCUUCUGACGGGAAGUGGAUCUGAAUUCCAUGAUCUUAGGUGGCUUAAGGAACAUGCUCGCAAAGGUGGAUAUGAUGUCACAUUCAACAACGUAACAGAUGAAAUUGAUGCCUUGGGUGUGGCUGGGCCCAUGGCUCGUGACGUCUUGUCCAAGAUUACUUCAGAGGACCUGAGCCAUGAGAAAUUUAAAUUCCUGAUGCAUAAGGAGAUAGAAAUUGGAGGUGUUAUGGCCAGAGCAUUCCGCAUAUCUUUUACUGGUGAACUAGGAUGGGAAUUGUACUGCAAAAAAGAGGAUACAUUGCAGUUGUACAAUGCCAUCAUGGAAGCAGGCAAAGAAUAUGGUAUUGGAGACUUUGGAACAUUUGCAAUGACAACAUUAAGAUUGGAAAAAGGCUUCAGGUCGUGGGGCCUGGAGAUGAAUUUGGACUGCACUCCUCUGGAGGCUGGACUAGACUUUUUUAUCAAGUUUAAUAAGGAAGCCAGUUUUAUUGGAAAAGAAGCACUCCUGAAGCAUAAAGAAGCAGGCAUCAAGAAAAAGCUAUGUUUCCUGACAGUAGACACAACUGAUGUUGAUCCAGAAGGAAACGAAACCAUUUGGUUUGGUGGAAAGGUUGUUGGCAACACCACCACUGGAACUUACAGUUACACUCUCGAGAAAAGCAUUACUUUUGCUUACCUACCUCUAGAACUAACAGAAGUUGGUUCUCGUGUCGAGAUUGAAAUCCUUGGGCAAAAGUUCCCAGGAGUUGUGGUCAAGGAGCCAUUAUUUGACACAGAGCCUGUCAGAACACGGAAGGCACUGAAAGCAGCUAAAGCUUCCAAAGCAUGAAUUACAUAGUAAUAUAUAUUUUUAGAUAUGGUAGUAUGGAAAUGCUAUUAUAAUUACGAUAUCUGAAACAAGUGAAACUAAGAAAAGAGAUACAUUACAUUGGCAAUUGAGUCAAGGGCGGAUCCAGGGGGAGGGUCGGGGGGGUCGCGACCCCCCUGUCAUUCCUGAUGUCAAAUGGGCUUCCUGUGGUAAAAAUGCGACUGGGAUUCCUUUGCCCACAACAUUUACCACUGAGACCCCCCCUUCAAAAAAACCCUGGAUCCGCCGUUGUUGAGAUGUAACCAUAGGUAGAGACUAUUUCCAUAGAGUAGUUUUCAUUAACCCGUGAAAUACACUUCAGCAUAUUAAGCGCUACCUCAYGAUAACUCUAUAAUAAACUAUCGACCUUUUUUUGUGACUAGUUAUAUAUACUCUAAUUAGUACACUUUGUUUGAUAGGUUAAUAAAAACCACUUAAUCAUAAUUUUAACUAACAUACAAACUUUAGUUCUUUUCUAUUUCCAAUUUGAAAAAACCUUUGUUUAGAUCAUGUCAUAAAAAUACCUUUUUUUAAAUCGAAAUUUUACAACAAUGAACAACAACAACCACAACAACGGCAACAACAACAACAUACCUAAAAAAUAAAUAAAUUUCAAUUGUGUUCUGACUUGUACUGUGUAGAUUUAGAAGCCUGGUAUUGUACUCUAUCAGUCUACUAUAGUCUCACUGCAGAUGAUUCAAUAAUAGCUAGUUUUAUUUUA